CCCAAAGACCACAGGUGACCACAAAGCAGCGAAUUCCAAAGGUCCAACGAAUCGACACCGAUUGGCGACAACAGCUGAGACUCCGCACACCAACCCCCCACCCCCUCCUUGCGGCCGUGUGACUGGAGGAGUGCCAUCCAUCAUGUACCAGCGGCCCGCUGAGAAGGUGUUCGAGCCUCUGCCGCUCAACUCCCGCACGCACGUCAUGUCCACCAGGUCCACUCCGCUCGACAACGACCACACACCAGACCCCCAAUACGCUGCCACUGCCGUAGCAACAGCAGCAGCCACGGCCACGGCCACCACCUUCCCCUCCUCGUUCUUCAACCCGUCACGCGCCUCAUUGCCCCGCUCCUCCCAGAGGCACUCGUCCCUCCAUCUACCACCUCUCACCGUGCGUGAGGGCCGGUCCGCACGGCUGUCAGCUCUCGCAGCGGGGCUUGGGAUGGCCGCCCUGCCGGGGCACAUCUCGGUGCCGUCGGUCAAGUGGCAGAACCUCCAGGGGGAGGUCAAGGUGCUUGAGGGGCGAGUGGCGAGUCUGCAAGAGACGGUGCGGGCCAAGGAGAUGACCAUCGCGGCGCAGAAGCAGACAGUUGACUACCAGGAGGGACAAAUCAAACGGUUGCGGGACACUGUCUUCCUUCUCAGAAGCCAGGUACGGUACGCACAUCAAUCUGUGUUAUGUUCUCUCUGCGUGUGAAUUUGUUCCUUCCGUCUCUGUGCGCAGGUGGCAGAGCUAGUUGAGACGAUGAAUCGUCAUCUGAUUGAAGUGCCGCCACUCUCAAAGCUGCCGGCCACAGACGAGGUCCUCGAGAAUGCCCACGCAUACAAAGCUGCACACAGCCACGAUGUAGCGAAAGGCCUCCAGCACAAGUUCCAACAAGACCUCGCCAACGCACUGCCGCCCGCCCCCACAACCGAGCCCCGUGCGGCACGAAGGAAGACAACUGUCAUGCUCCGUGCUAGUGUGAAGCCGCCCACAGCUGCUGCCGAGGCUGCAUUGGCAGUGACAUCGGAGGGGAGCUCUCUGCCCGCCACCACAGCUGCCGCGAGAAGGGACGCUGCUGAGACGGUGGAGAGGGAGAGGAAGACCGACAAGAGGCGGAGACAGUUCCAGAGUCUUUCGCUGGGCAAUAACCCGACGGCGACAAGGGAAGAGGCAUCACAGCCGCAGUUGCAGACGGCCACACACACAGCAGCAUGGCCGGUGGAUACGAGAGACAGGGAGAGGGAUGGUGAUCAGGCAAGGGUGACCCCUGCAACAGGCGGGCCGUCGCCAGUCGAGAGGGACUCGGCAGCUGUGACGACCAUGGGCAAGAGGGAGCUGCACCCCAGCAGACUGUACAGCUUUGAGGCGACCCCUCUGCUCAAGGUACACACGUGUGCAUGAGAAUGCAUAUAUUGCGUCAUUGGAUGCACCGCUUCUUCGCUGUGUAUGGUAUCGUGUGUGGUGUGGUGUGGUGCAGUCUAUACUGACAUGUCAGUUCCGGAAGGAGGAGAUGCAGCAGAUACUGAGAUUCCUGCUGGGGAACGAAGCUAGGGUGGGUGGAGCAGGGCAGACACAGGGAGAUAAAGGGAGACACGACACAGCACAUGACGGCGGGUUGUGUGUGUGUGUCUUCCAUGUAGAGUCUGUUCGAGGAGAAGUGUCUGCAGCUGGUGGUGGAGGCCACCAUCUUCUACCUCGUCUCAAAGAACAUCGUAUUCCACAACGACCUCCAGAAAUUCAUCCCACAGGUGACUGACCAAAGUCUGUCUGCCGUCAGACCCUUCUCCCUUCUCCCCUUCUCUCCAUCCAUCUCUUUGUUUGUGUGCAUUUAACUACCUGAUUGCAGUGGCUGCAGAUACUGGUGGAUGUGGUCGAGGCAGAGAGGGGCAGUAUAUUCAUUUUUGAUCCAGACAGGGGAGAGCUCUUCUCAAGGUACACAGACACACAGACACACAGGCAGGCCACACCCACACACGGGAGAGACACGCCAUCUUCUCUCUGUCCUGUCUGUCAGGUGUCUGACUGGUUCGUUCUCGAUGCCCAUCCGCGUCAAGAAGGGUGCGGGCAUCAUCGGCUCGGUCUUCGAGUCAGGAGUGCCGCUCCUCAUCGACGACGUAUACAAGGACCCCAGGUUCAACCCCACUGUCGACAAAGGGACCAAGUUCAGAACCAAGAGCGUCCUCUGCGUGCCGCUUAGACUCGGCCCCAAGGUAGGUAUGCAAUCGAGAAGAAUGGGCGUCUCUCUGUCUGUCACCCAGCCAGCAGCAAUGCACGAGUGUGUGUGUGUGUUGUGGGUGUCAGGUGGUAGGUGUUGUGCAGCUGUUGAACAAGCGGUGCAACAGUGGCGAUGGGUGCUUCACAGAGGCAGACUUCGAGCUGGCCCAGUCGCUUGGCAACCUUAUCACACCUGGCCUGACGUCGCCCAAGCUGCACAGGAAGCUGCGGUACCACUACGACAACGAGAAGCGGCUCAUCAAGCAGGCCAUAUCCGGCACCAAGGAACGCAUUAUGAGCCCGCUUGUGAGGGAGGUCAUGCGCGGCGUUGCCAACAUCCUGCAGGCCGAGAGGUACCACUCACUGCACAUACCAUACCCACCCUACACACGUGUAUGUGUAUGUGUCUCUCUCUUUCAAUCCUUGUGUCUCUGAUAUACCAGGUGCACGUUGUUUCUGUCUGACGCGGCCCGCGGCAAGUUGUGGGCGAUUGUGGCUCAGGGCAUCGACAACAUCCAGAUCGAGAUCCCCGAGAACAGGGGCAUCGCAGGCGCUGUCUUCAUGAACAACAUCCUGCUCAACAUCCCUGACGCAUACAAAGACCCACGGUGAGUCAGGAAGUUGGAAAGAAUCCCCCUCUCCCUCUCCCUCUAUCCCCCAUGGCAUGGCCACUCAUCCCAUCUCAUGUAUGUUUCGUGCAAUGCAGCUUCAAUCAGGCCGUCGAUCGUGAGUCGGGGUUCCGCACACGGACCAUUCUCGGCUCGCCCAUUCGACAUCCUAUCGGCGGACAGCCCAUCGGCGUCAUACAGGUGGGUGAGUGAGACAUGGCUUGUGCAUGUGGAUGGUGGGAUGCCUCUCUCUCUCUCUUGCGUGUAUCCAGGCCAUCAACAAGCUGGGAGGCGUCUUUACGCGCAACGAUGAGGACCGCAUGAACGUAGGUGUGUGUUGAUGGCCAUGUCUCCUGUCAUCUUCAUGGGUGGAUGUAUAUCUGUGUGUGUGUAUUCUAUGCAGGAGUUGUGCAGCAUCGUGGCCUCCAUCUUGCUGACGUCUGAGAGUCUGGAGGAGCUGACCCUCUCGGCAGAGCUCAACGAACGCGUCUUCCAGUGCCUCUCCGUAGCCCUGAUUGUCGUAUCAGCCCAAGGUAUACACACAGGCACACACACCUUCCCCCAACACACACACACAGAGACAUACGUGUACCCACCCGCGUGUGUGUGCGUCUGUGCAGGCAGCGUCAUCAAGAUGAACAGCGAGGCGGCCGACGUCUUUUACCUCGAGUCGGCUCAGCAGUGGCUGGGCCGCCACCUCAGCGAGCUCUUCGGCCGCACCAACCCCCAGCUCCUUGCCAUGUGGACACAGGCCGUCGAGGGAGACAACGAGGUCCACACGCACACCAGGAUAUACCCCUUCACCACCACCGCCACAGGCGGCACCACCAGCAGUGGGGGCGGUGGGGCCGAUGCAGCCGAGGGCACUGUCAAGGCCGUCCGUGUGCUGCCAAUCACCUCUGACGAGUCGGCACACGGCGUGAUAUUCCUCCUGAGCGACCCGCUGGAAGGGGGGCUCUCGCCGAGGUCGGCUGCAGCGGCCCUCAAGUCGAGGACAUUCUCUACUGUGGAGGGGGAGCGGCCGUCCGACUUGCCUCAGCAGCUCAAGGGCGUGCUGAAGAGGAGCGGCACAUUCAGCCCAGGGUCGCCUAGAAGUGGGGACGAGGCGCAGCAAAGGCGGACGUUCAUUACGCAGUCGCCGGUGUGAUGUGUGUGUGUGUGUGGUGUGGAGGGAGAUGUGUGUUCUUGUCGUUUGUGUGGGUUUGAGAGGGGAGUGGAGAGGGCUGCGUGGUUCGGCGUGCAUUUGUGUGUGUGUGUG